AUGAAUCAACUCGGAAGUAUAGGCACAUAUUAUAAUAUGGCCAUAAUGGUACUUCCGCUAGAUUUCAUAGUUAAUUGUUAUUUGAGUGUCCAUUUAUCAAAGUCAAUUAAUACUCACAACUAUCAAAUAAUCACGUCAUUGUCAAGUACAACAAACACUAAUUACAAAAUGAGGUAUCAAACACUGUCACUAACUUAUUCUCAAUAGCUAUAAAGUAUUCGUAAGAAACGUACCAAAGAAUGCAACAGAAGAAAUAAUCAGGGUACA